GUACGGCAUAGGAUGGGCGUCGUCGUGCCAUCCUAAGCUAAUAUCGUUUCUCAAACCCUCCCUGAACCAACGAAACCUCCUCUUCCUCUAUUUUGCCUUCUCUCUCUCUCUCUCUCGGUACAAGCUAAGCUCUCGUCUGAUAAGAUCAGAACCUGACGCCAUGUCGGUGAGUCCACUCUUCCCGGUUGGUGCCUUUCGCGUUCGAUCCGUGGUCCAAAUACGAACAGUGAGAAUCACCAAUCUCUCCUUAGGUGCAUCAGAACAGGAUCUCAAGGAGUUCUUCUCCUUUUCUGGUGAAAUCGAACAUGUUGAGAUGCUAAGUGACAAUGAACGGUCCCAAGUUGCAUACGUUACCUUCAGGAAUCCUCAAGGCGCUGAGACUGCUGUUCUACUAUCAGGAGCAACAAUAGUUGAUCAAUCUGUGACAAUAGCACUUGCUCCAGAUUACAAGCUGCAAUCUGCUGCCACCGUGCCAGGAACAGAGAUGAGAGAUACGGGCAGUCCUGGAUCUGCUGUACAAAAGGCAGAGGAUGUUGUCACCACCAUGUUAGCAAAAGGGUUCAUAUUGGGCAAAGAUGCGGUGGGCAAAGCUAAGACCUUUGAUGAGAAGCACCAGUUCACGUCUACCGCCGCAGCCAAAGUGGCAUCCCUGGACCAGAAGAUUGGUCUAAGUGAUAAAAUCAGUGCAGGCACAACGUUGGUGAAUGAUAAAGUGAAGGAAAUGGACCAAAAGUUCCAGGUGUCUGAGAAGACCAAGACUGCAUUUGCAGCUGCUGAGCAGAGUGUAAGCAGUGCUGGAUCCGCAAUAAUGAAGAACCGGUAUGUGCUCACUGGGGCCUCAUGGGUCACUGGCGCUUUCAGCAGGGUCACCAAGGCAGCCGGAGAAGUGGGGCAGAAGACGAAAGACAAGGUCUUGGCCGAGGAAGAACAAGAAAGAAAGGCUGAAGGUUAUGAGCAGAUUCAUGGUGGGGAGUCCCCGAAAGCUGCAGGCAGUGCGAGGGAGCAAUCUCCCAAGCCUCCUCCAGCUAAAGGCCUGAUCCUGUGAUUCACUCAGGCGUGUGGGGACAUUUACUCAGUACCUAAAUCUUAUUAUGGUCAUGGGGGCUCCUGCUAGGUCUCUACAAACUUGUUGAAUGUGUUGCAAGUGGACGAGAGGAUGUUAUGAUGGCUGUGAAUACAAAAGCUUUUUUAAGUUCUCUUUGGGUUUUUAGCUGUCCCUGUACUGUAUUGGUGGGCUAUAUGACUGAAGAAAUUAAGAAUUACAUUCCGUUGAUACA